AUGAAGCUCGUUUGGUCUCCAGAAUUAGCCUUGAAAUCCUACAUGGACACAAUUAGAUCAUGUGAGAAAUUCAAGGAAGCAGGAGUACCUAAGUUGCUAUCAGCAAUGGCUAUAGGAUGGAACACAAAAUUCAUAUUGGAAUCAUGGUCUUGCGGUGGCUCUGUAGCGGAGAGUGUAGGCCUAGCAAUUGUAGCUUGUAACAUGUGGGCAAGACACUUCAUCUACCUCUUCUUCCUCUUCGCCUUCUCCCUCCUCUCCACCGCCGCCGUCGUCUUCACCGUCGCCUCCCUCUGGCACCUCGCCUCUGUCAUCUCUGUCCUCGAGCCCUUCUACGGCCUCGCCGCCAUGAAGAAGUCCUACCACCUCCUCAAGGGCAAGCUCCGGUACACUGUGGUCCUCGUCUCCGCCUAUUUGGUCGCCUGCGAGGUUAUCUCCAGUGUUUUCAGCGUGGUUGUGAUGCAUGGUGGGGAAGACUAUGGAGUUUUCACCAGAAUUAUGGUGGGAGGGUUCCUUGUGGAGCUUUUGAUGAGCGCGUUGAGGACCAUGGGCCUGCAUGAACCGCAGAUUCCACCAUGCGACCACCUUUACUCGAGAAGACAUCAUCGUCAACUCAAGGGGUUAAUAUGA